AUGUCUAAUAAAGGAGAUUUUAAUGUUUAUAUUUAUAUUCCAGUAACGUAUAAUGCAAAUAUAAAAAAAAGGUCUGAAUAUUGUUAUGAUAUUCUGUUUAAAUUAAUAGAAAAACAGUAUAUUAUAUGUAAUGAUAAAUCAAACCAUAAUAUUAUUCUUAGUAAACAAAGCAAUGAUAUAAAUAAAGAAGAAUUUUUAAAACACAUUUACUAUCAAAUAGAUGAUUUAAAUACCGAUAAAAAAGUUCAGACUAAUAAGGAAACAGUUACUGAAGAGCCUCCACACAUAACUAUUGUUGGUUCUGUUCAGAUAAAGAGGCACAUGAUUUCUUCAUUUCUUAAUAAAGUAAAAGAAAAAUUAAAAAAUCAGAAUUGUUUUUAUUUAUUUUUUAAAAAGAGCGUUGAUUUAUAUAAAAGUCAAAAGAAUACAAAGUAUUUUUGUUCAUAUACUGUAAGCGAUGAGCAACAAAAGUUACAUUUAGAUCCUUUAAUAAAGAAAAUAAAUGAAAUUUUAAAUAAUUUUGAUCUAAAUAACAAUUAUGUAAAUAGAAUAUGUCAUAUGUCGUUGGCUUAUACCGAUGUUAGUUUAGAAGUGAUUUUAGAAAAAAAUAAAUUAAAUAUAAAGGAUACGUUUUGGCCUAAUAUAAGUGAAAUAAUAGUUGAUAAUAGUUCAGAUUUUAGUUCAGAUGAUUUUUACAUUUACGUUGAUUGUAUCCAUAUUUGUAUUGGAAACAAAUUAUAUAAAAUUCAUUUAAAAAAUUUUAAUAACUUAAAUUUCUUAGAAUCCGAUGAUUCUUAUAUUAGUUCAGAAUAA